CGAACUGCCACUCAGAUGGGAGGGUUUUUCCAGUUUCCAGGCUCCGGUGAUCACUUGUGGAAUUCAGAAGUUCGGCCCAAUUCGGCUGCACUGUGGGCUCCAUGUGCAGAGAGCAUGGCUGAGCUCUGCAGCCAGGCCAUGGUGAGAUAUGGGCAGCUGUCGUCGGAGAAGGAAAAGUGGCAGGCCGUGAAUGCAGUGACCUAUGAUGAUGUGCAUGUGAACUUCACCCCGGAAGAGUGGGCUUUGCUGAACCCUUCCCAGAAGAAUCUCUACAAGGAUGUGAUGCUGGAGACCUUCAUGAACCUCACCGCUAUUGGAUGCACUUGGGAAGAUCAAAAUAUUGAAGAGCAUUCUCAAAGGUCUAGAGGAUUUGGAAGUCACUUUGAAAGAUAUGAAAGAAGUUUUAUAGAAGAGAAACCGUGUGAACGUAUUCAACAUGAUGAAGCCAUUGCAUGUGUGACUCGACUACAAAUACAUAAAAGGACGCAUACUGGGGAGAGACCCUAUAAAUGUAAUCAGUGUGGUAAAGCUUUUAAACGUCACACUAUUCUUCAAAGUCAUAACAGAACACAUACUAGAGAAAAACCCUAUGAAUGUAAUCAGUGUAGUAAAGCUUUUGCACAUCACAGUAGUCUUCGACAACAUAAAAAAAUACAUACUGGAGAGAAACCCUAUGAAUGUAAUCAGUGUGGUAAAGCUUUUACACAACCCAGUAGUCUUAAAGGACAUAAAAGAAAACACACUGGAGAGAAACCCUAUGUAUGCAAUCUGUGUGGUAAAGCUUUUACAUAUAACAGUUAUCUUCAAAACCAUGAAAGAACACAUACUGGAGAGAAACCGUAUGAAUGCAAUCAGUGUGGUAAAGCUUUUACAUGUAACAGUUAUCUUCAAAUUCAUAACAAAACACAUACUGGAGAGAAACUCUAUGAAUGUAAUCAAUGUGAUAAAGCUUUUACACAAUGCAGUAGUCUUCAACAACAUAAAAGAACACAUACUGGAGAGAAACCAUAUGAAUGUAAUCAGUGUGGUAAAGCUUUUGCAAAUCUCAGUACUCUUCAAGUGCAUAUCAGAACACAUACUGGAGAGAAACCCUAUGAAUGUAGCCAGUGUGGUAAAGCUUUUACACGUCCCAGUGGUCUUCAAGAACAUAAAAGAAUACAUACUGGAGAGAAACCCUAUGAAUGCAAUCAGUGUGGUAAAGCUUUUACACAUCACAGUUACCUUAAAAAUCAUAACAGAACACAUUGUGGAGAAAAACCCUUUGAAUGUAGUCAGUGUGGUAAAGUCUUUUUGUAUCACAGUGGUCUUCAGAGGCAUAUAAGAAAACAUAGUGCAGAGAAACCCUAUUAAUUUAAUCAGUGUUAUAAAUCCUUUUCAUAUUACAAUAGUCUUCCAGAGCAAAAUAAACACAUAGUGCAGAGAAACCCUAUUAAUAUAAUCAAUGUCGUAUAGCUUUUACACGUCACAGGAAUCUUUAAAGUCAUAACAGAACACAUACUACAGAGAAACCCUUUGAAUGCAGUAAGUGUAAUGAUGCCUUUUUAAGUUGCAAUAAUCUUUAGAAUCAUAAAAGAAUACAAACUUGAGGAAUACGUAUGACUAUGAUCAAUGUGGUUAAACAUUUGUAUGUAGCAGAAGUCUUUGAGGUCAUGAGAAAAUAUACUGUAGAACCUUGAUAAAUCUUGUCAGUGUAGUAAUUUUUACCUAUUUCAUGGUAGUUUUUCUAUAAGAAUAUACUUUUAGUGUAUAAUCAGUGAAUUAAAGUCUGUUCUUAUUACAGUACUAUUUGAGGACAUGCCAAACCAAUAUCAAAGGGAAUCUAAAUAUAAAAGAUUUGGCAACAUAUUCAGUCUACACUCAUUAUUAAGUUACACAUUGCUAUUGUUAUUGUAUGUGGUAAAAAUAUUCUAUCAAAAUCAGCAAUCUGUCUAAGCAUUUUUAUGUUUUUUUUGUUUGUACCUGCAAACUCAUAUGAAGGAAAGCCCUACAAAU